UGGAUUUUCUGUGGAUAUGUCUAUUGAGAUGCCAUCUAGUAUUGAACGCAUACAUAGUUGGACACACAAACUUAAAAUAAAGAAAACAGACUGCAAGGCUGUAAUUAAGACUGUGGAGAACAGCUCCUUGGAUGUUAGUGGCUUUGUCCUAGAUAUCUGGAUUUCUCAGGUCUACCUACCUCGAAUGUGGGUAGAGAAGCAUCCCAACAAAAUGAGUGAGGCUUGCAUGCUUGUAUUCCAACCAGAGUUUGAAACAGCAUUUGAAGAAGAGCAGCUGUACAGUGAAAUUAUUAUUUUAUUAGAUUGUUCAAAUUCUAUGGCAGGUUCAGUUCUACACCAAGCAAAGCAGAUUGCUUUACAUGUUUUGGAACUAUUUUGUUUCAGACAAAGAGUGAAUGUAGUCAAAUUUGGCACAAAUUUCACAGAAUUUUCUUCUUUUUCAACGAACAUCACAAAUGAUUUGGCAUCGUUGAAGGAGUUUAUUACAUCUGCUACCGCGACAUUGGGAAACACUGAUUUAUGGAAGACCUUACGUUACUUAAGCCUGCUAUUUCCUUCUCAAGGACACCGUAACAUUCUUCUUAUAUCGGAUGGACACAUUCAGAAUGAGAGUGUGACCUUCCAGAUUGUGAAAGAUAAUGUCCAACAUACAAGGCUAUUUACAUGUGGUGUUGGUUCCAUGGCAAAUCGACACAUGCUGAGAUCUUUGUCCCAAUAUGGUGCUGGAGCAUUUGAAUACUUUGACCCGAAAUCGAAGUAUAACUGGGAGGCAAAGAUACAGAGCCAGGUAUCUAGAAUACUUUCUCCAGGAUGCAGUUCAGUUUCUAUUAAAUGGCAACAGUUUAAUACAGGUGCACCAGAGCCAAUGCAGGCUCCUGCUCAAAUACAGUCAUUAUUUAACAAUGACAGACUUCUUGUCUAUGGAUUCAUCCCUGACUGUACUCAGGCCACCUUAAGAGCAGUAAUAAAUGACCAAGAACUACAGACUGUGGUGUCAACUACUGAACUACAGAAGACGACAGGAACAGUGCUGCACAAACUUGCAGCAAGAGCUUUCAUUAAUGACUAUGAAGAUGGGAUUCUUCAUGAGAAUGAAACAGAACAUGAGAUGAAGAAACAAACCUUGAAAAACAUGAUUAUUCACCUCAGCUUGGAGAACUCAAUUAUAAGCCAGUUUACAAGCUUCGUUGCAGUUGAGAAAAGGGAUGCUAAUGAAACUUGUUCUGAUGAUGCUCCAAACAUCCUGGAAAUUAUAACUCAAGAAGAUGUAGAUUUUUUACCUUACAUGGACUGGGACCAAAGGUCAAUGGAAUCUGGUGGCUUUUUUUCAGAAGAAAUUGCCUUUGCCCUGGCAUGUUCCCCAGCAGUAGGAGAUGUUUAUUCCGCUGAUUUCCUAAGUGGGAAAGGUGAACCUGAAAGCUUCCAAUUUCAACCUGAAGAAGUUCCUGUUAGCCUAAAGAGCAUCUCACGAAAAAGCAUGGUGCAGGGCUUUCUAAAUGUUUCUGAACCUGAAAGUAGCAUUUGCAGUCUCAGAUCAAAUUUCAGUUCUGAUAGAGAUAUCACAAAGGAGACAUCAUCUGGAACAAGGUCUCCUUCACUAUAUGACCUUCAUCUGCUGGAAGUUGCUGAACCUUUCUCAUCAUUUGGUUUUAAACCUAAGCCAGGAGGAGGAAUUGAUCUGACUGAACAAAAGUCACUUCAGACACCUGCAUUUACAAAAUCAGAUGUUUGCGUGGAUGUUCCUGAACCUGCUCUUCCUCCUCCUCCCUGUGCCUCCUCUUCUCAAAAAUUGGGGGGAUGCAUGAAACAAGUUUAUUCCUCUUGUGUUGCUCCGAUGCAGGGUUUAGUAUUGUGUGGUUCACCUACCCCUACAUGCAGAAAUUCUGAAAAGACUAAUGUUGAAAAACAAGUUAUUCCCAAAUUUCCUAUUUUUCAAGCUAAUAGAAAAGAAGCAUCACCAUGGUUAAGGUGUAAGAAAAAGGCAGAACAUCAGUGCGAUGUUACAGCUCCUGAAGAAGGAUUCACUGAGGAGUUUAAGGUUGUGGAACCAUCAAGGUGCUUUAUAACAACAGAGAAAGAAAGGAUUCAACAGAGAAUUGAGUGGACUUCUGCAAACUGGAAAGAAAUUUUUGCACUCCAAAAUCAGGAUGGCUCUUGGAAUCUCAGUCCACAGUUGGGAAAAAUCUUGAAAUUUGAUGUUGAUCAUUUAAUUAACAAUUUUCUUAUUAGAAAAGGCAUUCAGUCACUUGGCCCAAAUGGAAAAGAAAAACUACUGCAGUUGAUUGCUACUCUUCUUGUGCUACAGUUCAUACGCUGCACAAAGGAAUUGAAAGGGAUAGUUUUCAAAACACUAAUGAAACUGGAUGAUUCAUCUAAUUCAAG